CUGGGGCUGGUCCCCUGAGCCUGCGAUACUCGCCCCGGCGCUCCUCUUCCUCCUUGUCUGUCUGGACGGCCGCCCUUUGCAUAGUCCUGUCCUGUCUCUCCAGAGCUGAAAUCCGUCUGCAAGCGUUCUACGUGAGUUCUUAAACGCAUCUCUAUUAUACCCUGUGUCUGCAUCUAUAUCCCAUGUCUAUGUUGUUACGUUCAAGGGAAGACUGACAGGAGCAGCCAGCCUUGACUCCCUUGCUUCUGCUCGCUCAGAGACACUUUGGCUCUUCUACUUUUUUUGCUUCCUCCGCCUCUUCUUCUGUUGCUGCUUCUUCCUCCUGGCUGUUUUACCCCCUGGCGAAUACACUAUGGGGAUCUGUGCUGGUGGCUGUCUUGUUCAUUAUCACCCUGUCGGACUGGGAUUUCAGGGGCCAUGCUCUCUCGGCUCUCCCUGUCCUCGCCCUGUUUGGAGCCUACCUCACUUUCAUGCCAAAGUCAGACAGGAAGAAGAAGGCGUCUUUGCUGCCAGACGCCAACAUUGAGGAUGUCGUUCUUCCUGUCUCGCUGCGAGUUGUCCCUCUUCUGCUCGUCUCCCUCGGCGUGGAGGUUGCUCUCUUCGGCUGGCCGUCAGGGGGUGUCCUCGCCACUCUGAUACUCGGCUUUGCAAAGUCUCUAUCAUGGUAUUCCAUCAUCAAAGCAGUAUGUUCACGGCUGCUGCUCCUCUUUCUUUUUAAUUGGCCAUGUUUAUGCUUACAAUACACCCCAGGCUAGAUAUUCCUCCUGGUGCACGGCUGCUGCAACAGGCACCUUUGGCAUCUUGUCAACCCUUAGCCCCUUUAUGCAGUCCUCUGAUACCAAGGCCCUGUCCCAUGUAAUAGCAUCCCUCUUUGCCUUGGGCCAGACUAUCCACACGCUCCCAAGGCACGUCUCAAACAAGUCGGCUCUCUGGAUCUUCUCCCUAGCCUCUUUGGGUCCGUUUAUGGCCAAUAUCAUCGCUAUCAAGUCCGCAUACUCCUCACAGAUUGCUAUCUACAGCAAGCAUCCCGUCGAGACACUCAUCCACAGGGGUACGAAAGACUUUGAAGAGCUUCUCGGCAGACAGUCUCAAAAUUAUACUGCUGCUCAUGCCGAAUAUCAGCGUCGAUACGGCAAUGAGCCACCUCCAGGGUUCGAGGCAUGGUACAACUUUGCCAGAUCUCACCAAUCCCCCAUCAUCGAUGACUUUGAUAUGAUACACACUGCCGUAUCUCCAUUUCGAAGACUGAGCGGCGAACAAGUACUUGAAACCAUGGAUCGCGCCCACAGCACUACUGACAGCGAACUUUGGCUCUGCACUUUUCACGGCUCUAGAGCUAAGACUCAAUGCCACCAUCCAAGUCGCUCCUUUGACAGACACAUACAGCUGCUGUUUGAUACUCUGCUGAAAGAUGUACCGGGAGCCCUCCCAGAUGUCAAGUUCCUCGUCAACCACUUGGACGAACCAAGAGUUAUUGUCCCUCCAGGCAAAAAGGAGGUUGAAGGCACUCAGUUCAAACUGACCAAUCUGUCGAGACAGCCAGCUUGGGAGCCUAUCACCAAGAAUUGUCGCUCCGAGAACAGCCCUUCCAGCAACAGAGUGGAAACAUACGGUCUUCCUUUUGUCACCAACCGAACAGAGGACAUGAACCUAUGUACCCACCCUGAAUACGCUACUAUGAACGGUCUCUUUAUGAGUCCGACUUCCCUCCGUCUGUUCGAGGGUUUGGUACCCAUCUUAUCAACAGGCUCCCCACUCACAAUGGGUGACAUCUUAUUCCCUAGUCCCGCCUACAUUGAAUCCGAAUUUCAGUACGACGGCAAAAAUGACGUUGAAUGGCAUAAGAAACGCAACAACCUCUACUGGGCGGGCUCCACAACCGGUGCAUUUGCACAGACAGGCUCCUGGAAACACUUCCACCGCCAAAGAUUCGUUACUCUCGCACAGAAUCUGGAAACACGCAAACACAAGUAUAUCCGCGAGACUAACGGCGUGAUCAGCAGCGUCAAGUCAUACUUUCUCAACACUAGACUAUACGACGUUGCCUUCACCAAGAUAUUCCAGUGCAAGACUAGAUACUGCAGAGAGCAAAGAACUUUCUUCCCUUCCAAGCCAUGGGCAGACAAGGACAAAGCAUUCGGGUCUCGGCUAGUCUUUGAUAUCGAUGGUAAUGCCAUCAGUGGGCGCUAUUACAAGCUACUAGCCUCAAAAUCAACGCCCUUGAAACAGACAUUAUUGCGGGAGUGGCAUGAUGACCGUCUGGUUCCAUGGGUGCAUUAUAUACCCCUUAGCCAGAGCAUGGAGGAACUACCCGAGCUGCUUUCUUAUCUUACUUUAACCGAGUCUGGAUGUCGGCGGGCAAAGGAGGUUGCUGACCAUGGCCGGGAAUGGUUUUCACAGGCGUUUAGAGAGGUGGAUAUGACUAUUUAUAUAUACCGCUUACUUUUGGAGUUGGCAAGGCUACAGGAUCCUGAAAGACAGGCAUCUUAAGCGCAUUUUGAUGUUAAUUGUUAAUUUUUAGUCCAUUGCUGAUACUGACCUUGGAAAUGGAUACGUUCAUAUCCAGGAUGAAGUUAUAAACUACUCUAUCGAGGCGAAAGUGAUGGACGCCUUUAACAAUCACAGUGCUUGUCUUGAUUCCUGAAUAGAUCAGCUCGUAUUCAACAUAAAACUCGUGAGCUGGAAUUUAAUUACGGGCGAGCCAAACUGUCUCUUGAAGCUGUUUGGCGAUGGUAUAGGUUCCCCUUUGACCCUUAAGAAGAUGACCAAGGGAGAUAUGAGGCAGCAUUCUGGAUGCUACGAAGCGCUUGACACCAACUACCUUACCGCCUGCUCUGACAGCUUUGAUAGCUAGCUUUAAUAGUGUUAGUUAGAGCCGGUGUUUGACCGGCGUCUCGGAUGUGAUGG